GUCCCCACUUGCUAUGCAUCUUAAAUAACUGUCAGCUGCCUCUGCCGCCCUUGCCUUUCGUUUUCUUUGCAAUGUCGCGCAGGUUCCAACUCGUACAACGCGUCGAUGCAAUCGAUGUUGGCCAUUACGAUCGCGGCGACCUCUCGUUUAUUAUUGUUGCAGGUGCCAUGGUCGCAUUUAUGGUCCCAGGACUAGCAUUUCUAUAUUCUGGCUUGGCUCGUCGAAAAAGUGCCCUGUCUUUGAUCUGGGUUGUCUCCGCGGCCAAUGCCAUCACUAUUUUUCAGUGGUUCUUCUGGGGUUACUCGUUAGCCUUUUCGCCGACGGCUACCAAUAGCUUUAUUGGAAAUCUCCACAAUUUCGGCCUGCGAAAGGUCCUCGCCAAUCCUUCCCCGGGAUCACCUCUGAUUCCCGACCUACUGUACAGUUUCUUUCAGAUGGAAUUCGCGUGUGUAACUGCUGGUAUUCUUGUUGGAGGUGUUGCGGAGCGGGGGAGGGUGUUCCCCGUCAUCAUCUUCACUUUCAUCUGGUUAACUCUUGUUUACUGUCCGUUGGCUUGCUGGGCAUGGAGUUCCAGUGGCUGGGCAUUCAAGUGGGGUGUCCUCGAUUUCGCAGGUGGAGGACCGGUCGAAAUCGGAAGCGGGGUCAGCGGACUCGCGUUUGCGUGGAUCUUGGGCCGCCGUCAGGAAAAAGAACUCAUCAACUUCCGACCACACAAUGUAUCGCUGGUCAACCUGGGAACUUUUAUUCUAUUUUUCGGCUGGCUUGGAUUCAAUGGCGGUAGUGCGUUCGGUGCCAAUCUCCGUGCCAUAAUGGCCAUAUGGAACUCCAUGCUUUCCGCCGCUUUUGGAGGAUUAACCUGGUGCCUCAUGGAUUAUCGCAUCGAACGUCGUUGGAGUAUGGUGGGUUUCUGCUCUGGUACGAUUGCUGGACUCGUUGCCGCGACGCCAUCGUCUGGCUAUGUUCAUCCUUGGGCUGCACUAAUAGUUGGCGUGGUUUCCGCGUCUGUAUGCAAUCUUGCAACCAAAGUAAAGUUCUUGCUGCGCAUUGAUGACGCGCUAGACCUUUUUGCUGAACAUGCAGUCGGCGGAAUGGUCGGCCUUAUCCUUAAUGCAUUUUUCGGGGAUUCGGAGAUUAUAGCUUUGGAUGGCAUCAACACCGUCACCAACGGUGGCUGGAUGAAUCGUAAUUGGAAGCAGCUCUACAUUCAAUUCGCCUAUGUCUGUGCUACCACGGCUUACAGCUUUGUUGUUACUGCGUUGAUUGCAAAAGCAGUGGAUAUGAUUCCAGGCCUCCAGCUGCGGAGCACUUCAGAGGGCGAAAGACUCGGCAUGGACGAAGUCGAGAUUGGCGAAUUUGCUAGCGACUACAUCGAGAUUCGCCGUGACUAUACUGAUUUGAUAGCUCCUUUCGACUCAUCAAGUCCUACUGGACAAGCUCUGGCAGCUGGAGACAGAUUUAUGCGCCCUGACCUCGAUACGCAGCGACAAUCACAGGAAGUUGACAUUCAUUCUGUCCAUUCACAUGAUAUCGAUAUUGUGAUGACUGAGCCGAAGGAAAUGUCGGAGAAGAAGGAUUCAGUGACCACAAUCAUUUGAUAUGAUAUUAAAAAGUAUUGAAGUAAAUAGAUUGCAUCAUCCGCUCGUUCCAACCUGUUGUAUAAUUCAUAACCGCACAACAGUUCCGGUGUUACUUUACAACCAAUGUACACUGUACUAGAAUACAGAUCUUUAACAAUCCCAA